GUGUGUGUGUGAGAGAGAGAGAGAGAGAGAGAAAGAGACAGAGAUGGUGUAUGUGUAUGUAUAUCUCUUGGCUAAAUGAUAAUUUAGUGAUAAAGAGUAAAAUGUUUUCUACCAAAUUCUAGUGGUUUGGCUGCAUGCUAUUGCUAAUUAUUCUUGGAAUUUGCCGAAAACCCAUUACGUUCUCCCAAACUGCUCACAUUGUGGCUGUAGAACCAGUCUGGCUGAGAGGUGACACAUUGUGUGUGUGUUUUGUGAAUUAUUUGUGGAUCUCAGCUCAGCCUGGGGGUUAGUUCUCUCAGCAGCUCAUUGUGAUUAACUGACGUGUGUUCAUGUAAACCCACCUCCUUCCCUGGAGAGCUGAGAUUGUAUCCCAAUUCCAUGGAAGAAGCUGUCAGGAGCAGAUACAGAGUCUGGCUGGGAUGGACUGGAGGGAAGCUGGGAUAAGUGGACCUGAUACAUUGUGAUAGAAAGUUCCCAGGAUGAUCUCCCCCCCUGUACUGGUCCUGGGGGCAACCUUUGGGGCGGUGGCAGGACUGCUUGCCCUCUGUUGUGUGCUGUGUGUGUGCGGGCGCUUAUAUAAGAAGAAGAAGAUGCCACCAGACAGUGGGGGUGGAACCCCAGUGACAAUGACUAGUGUUCUCCACCAGGGGCAACCGGUAUGUAUCCUGCACCCUAAAAGUUUACUGUAUGGGAACAUAUUGCAUGAGGUCUUUACUGAGGGGUAGCUAUUAGCUAUUACAAGCAAACAUUAGUUUCUGCUGGGGACUAGUUAAUCCAAGUUAACAUUGUAUAGGUCUCUACCGGGGACUAGUUAAUUCAAGUUAACAUUGUAUAGGUCUCUACUGGGGACUGGUUAAUUCAUGGUAACAUUGUAUAGGUCUCUACUGGGGACUAGUUAACAUUGUAUAGGUAUCUAUUGGGGACUAGUUAAUGCAUGUUAACAUUAUAUAGGUCUGGGGACUAGUUAAUCCAAGUUAACAUUGUAUAGGUCUCUACUUGGGACUGGUUAAUUCAUGGUAAGAUUGUAUAGGUCUGGGGACUAGUUAAUUCAAGUUAACAUUAUAUAGGUCUCUACUGGGGACUAGUUAACAUUGUAUAGGUCUCUACUGGGGACUGGUUAAUUCAUGGUAAGAUUGUAUAGGUCUGGGGACUAGUUAAUUCAUGUUAACAUUAUAUAGGUCUGGGAACUAGUUAAUUCAAGUUAACAUUGUAUAGGUCUAUACUGGGGACUAGUUAAUUCAAGUUAACAUUGUAUAGGUCUCUAGUGGGGACUGGUUAAUUCAUGUUAACAUUGUUUAGGUCUCUACUGGGGACUAGUUAAUUCAAGUUAACAUUGUAUAGGUCUGGGGAGUAGUUAAUUCAAGUUAACAUUGUAUAGGUCUCUGCUGGGUACUAGUUAAUUCAAGUUAACAUUGUAUAGGUCUCUGCUGGGUACUAGUUAAUUCAAGUUGACAUUGUAUAGGUCUCUAGUGGGGACUGGUUAAUUCAUGUUAACAUUGUUUAGGUCUCUACUGGGGACUAGUUAAUUCAAGUUAACAUUGUAUAGGUCUGGGGAGUAGUUAAUUCAAGUUAACAUUGUAUAGGUCUCUGCUGGGUACUAGUUAAUUCAAGUUAACAUUGUAUAGGUCUCUGCUGGGUACUAGUUAAUUCAAGUUGACAUUGUAUAGGUCUCUAGUGGGGACUGGUUAAUUCAUGUUAACAUUGUUUAGGUCUCUACUGGGGACUAGUUAAUUCAAGUUAACAUUGUAUAGGUCUGGGGAGUAGUUAAUUCAAGUUAACAUUGUAUAGGUCUCUGCUGGGUACUAGUUAAUUCAAGUUAACAUUGUAUAGGUCUCUGCUGGGUACUAGUUAAUUCAAGUUGACAUUGUAUAAGUCUCUACUGGGGACUAGUUAAUUCAAGUUAACAUUGUAUAGGUCUCUACUGGGGACUAGUUAAUUCAAGUUAAUAUUGUAUAGGUCUCUAUUGGGGACUAGUUAAUUCAACUCAUGCUGUUAUAGAUUCUAUUGUGUAUUUUUUUUAGAAAACUAGCUACUGACAGAGCAGGGUCCAUAUAUUUACCUUUGACUAACUAAUACUAACACACUUAUUAUGGGGACAUUUGAGUAGUUGUAGCACAUAUUAGCAUAAAUAUUUAUUAGCAUAAAUUCUGAGGGCUCUAUCAGGAUAUAAUAGCUAAUGAUAACAGAAAUUCAAAUGAGUCUUGAAAUUCAAAUGAGUCUUGUAACGGAACUCCCUGUCCUCCGACCGAGUACCUUCCGUUGAUGGACGCCUCCUAGCUUGCGCCGAGGACCACAAGCACCGCACCGGACACGACAACCACUGCAGACUCCACAACCGCUGUAGCUUAACUGGAGUCUCGCCGUCUUCUGUCCACCUUGGAUCAGCUUCUGUCCUUCAGGACCGUGUGGGAAGACCUCUCCUCCAGGAGAGCGUAUCAGGAACAUGCUCUUAAAAGAGCUGAGUGAUUAAAGCUCAUGGGAGUAUGCAGAGCAUAGCAAUCCCCAGUGUUAUAUAGCAGUUCCCUCCAAUCACGAGACAAGACUACGUGUUGAGGGUCAAGAAGAACUGUCUGUACUGGCACCUACAGCCUCUUUUAUUCACAUUCUACAAACAUAGUACUGCCCACAGGGUUUUGAAGAACAACCAAUCAACACAUUACAACACAGCUAACACUCCCAUCCAUUACAUCAGAAAUCCUCCCCUCUGCCUGUGAUACAAUUAUCUCAACACAAUAGACUAACUUAAUUAUCACAGGCAGGAAAAUACAGUAUUAUAAAACAUAUCACAGGGACCCCAAAACAUACAAUAACCCCAUAUAUCCUCGGAACCGGGGGAUCUGAGUGAACCACAUAUCCAAAAUUCACCAAGAUCCGUUCAGUAGUUUGGAAGAUACGGUUUAAUGCAGAUUCCGCAGAACAUAUACAGACUAUUUGAAAAAUAAUUACUGUUAAAUGUGUCCCCUGUUCUGUAGUUUAAAACUACUGAACGAUGUCUUUGUGCACCAAAUACCGGCAAGAUGGUACCGUGUAGAAAAGUCAAAACAGUGUCUGUGAGUUAAAAUGGCUGCCAUCCAUUGUUCUCACCAUGUGCUUCAUCCAUUGUUCUCACCAUUAUAGGGGUCUUUCAUUGGGAUUAGCUAAUGAUAGUAACAUUAUAGGGGUCUUUCCUUGGGAUUAGCUAAUACUAGAGCAUAUAUUAAAAGGGAUCUUUACUAGGUAAUACAGGGAGUGCAGAAUUAUUAGGCAAAUGAGUAUUUUGACCACAUCAUCCUCUUUAUGCAUGUUGUCUUACUCCGAGCUGUAUAGGCUCGAAAGCCUACUACCAAUUAAGCAUAUUAGGUGAUGUGCAUCUCUGUAAUGAGAAGGGGUGUGGUCUAAUGACAUCAACACCCUAUAUCAGGUGUGCAUAAUUAUUAGGCAACUUCCUUUCCUUUGGCAAAAUGGGUCAAAAGAAGGACUUGACAGGCUCAGAAAAGUCAAAAAUAGUGAGAUAUCUUGCAGAGGGAUGCAGCACUCUUAAAAUUGCAAAGCUUCUGAAGCGUGAUCAUCGAACAAUCAAGCGUUUCAUUCAAAAUAGUCAACAGGGUCGCAAGAAGCGUGUGGAAAAACCAAGGCGCAAAAUAACUGCCCAUGAACUGAGAAAAGUCAAGCGUGCAGCUGCCACGAUGCCACUGCCACUGCCACCCACCCAGUUUGGCCAUAUUUCAGAGCUGCAACAUCACUGGAGUGCCCAAAAGCACAAGGUGUGCAAUACUCAGAGACAUGGCCAAGGUAAGAAAGGCUGAAAGACGACCACCACUGAACAAGACACACAAGCUGAAACGUCAAGACUGGGCCAAGAAAUAUCUCAAGACUGAUUUUUCUAAGGUUUUAUGGACUGAUGAAAUGAGAGUGAGUCUUGAUGGGCCAGAUGGAUGGGCCCGUGGCUGGAUUGGUAAAGGGCAGAGAGCUCCAGUCCGACUCAGACGCCAGCAAGGUGGAGGUGGAGUACUGGUUUGGGCUGGUAUCAUCAAAGAUGAGCUUGUGGGGCCUUUUCGGGUUGAGGAUGGAGUCAAGCUCAACUCCCAGUCCUACUGCCAGUUCCUGGAAGACACCUUCUUCAAGCAGUGGUACAGGAAGAAGUCUGCAUCCUUCAAGAAAACAUGAUUUUCAUGCAGGACAAUGCUCCAUCACACGCGUCCAAGUACUCCACAGCGUGGCUGGCAAGAAAGGGUAUAAAAGAAGAAAAUCUAAUGACAUGGCCUCCUUGUUCACCUGAUCUGAACCCCAUUGAGAACCUGUGGUCCAUCAUCAAAUGUGAGAUUUACAAGGAGGGAAAACAGUACACCUCUCUGAACAGUGUCUGGGAGGCUGUGGUUGCUGCUGCACGCAAUGUUGAUGGUGAACAGAUCAAAACACUGACAGAAUCCAUGGAUGGCAGGCUUUUGAGUGUCCUUGCAAAGAAAGGUGGCUAUAUUGGUCACUGAUUUGUUUUUGUUUUGUUUUUGAAUGUCAGAAAUGUAUAUUUGUGAAUGUUGAGAUGUUAUAUUGGUUUCACUGGUAAUAAUAAAUAAUUGAAAUGGGUAUAUAUUUGUUUUUUGUUAAGUUGCCUAAUAAUUAUGCACAGUAAUAGUCACCUGCACACACAGAUAUCCCCCUAACAUAGCUAAACUAAAAACAAACUAAAAACUACUUCCAAAAAUAUUCAGCUUUGAUAUUAAUGAGUUUUUUGGGUUCAUUGAGAACAUGGUUGUUGUUCAAUAAUAAAAUUAAUCCUCAAAAAUACAACUUGCCUAAUAAUUCUGCACUCCCUGUAUAUCUCCCAUAAACUGUAUUAUUGCCAUGACAUGAUCAUCAACAAUGGGCCCAUGCCGUAAUGUAAUUGACGUGUUAUUUCCCAGCACAAAUAACGAAAAAAAGGAUUUAUCCUUGAUGCUAUAAAAAAUAUUUUUUUGAAAUUUACCUCUUGCCUUUAAAUUGUCAAGCUCUAAGACUAAGUAAACGAAUGUAGGUCAAUUUUCUUUCAAAUCUUCAAGAAUGAGGAAACUUAGAACAUGGCAGUUUUUAUCAGAGCUAAUUUCAGCCUUAAAAUAAAACCUGUGUUUUUGGGUUGGGGGAGAGGGAAAUUCAUUGUAGUAUUGCUAUUAAAGGAACACUCCAAGUACUAUAACUACUACACAUUCUGGUGGUUAUGGAGCUAGGCAUGUCCUUUCUACCUCCGAGCUUAAGUAGCAAAACCAUUGCUAACACACAGCUACCUGCCGGACAGCCAAACCAUUUCUAACACACAGCUACCUGCCGGAUAGCCAAACCAUUGCUAACACACAGCUACCUGCCGGAUAGCCAAACCAUUGCUAACACACAGCUACCUGCCGUACAGCCAAACCAUUGCUAACACACAGCUACCUGUCGGAUGGCGAAACGAUUGCUAACACACAGCUACCUGUCGGAUAGCCAAACCAUUGCUAACACAUAGCUAUCUGCCAGAUAGCCAAACCAUUGCUAACACACAGCUACCUGUCGGAUAGUCAAACCAUUGCUAACACACAGCUACCUGCCGGAUAACCAACCCAUUGUUAAAACAUAGCUAUCUGCCGGAUAGCCAAACCAUUGCUAACACACAGAUAUCUGCCGGAUAGCAAAACCAUUGCUAACCCACAGCUACCUGCCAGAUAGCCAAACUAUUGCUAACACACAGCUACCUGCCGGAUAGCAAAACCAUUGCUAACCCACAGCUACCUGCCAGAUAGCCAAACUAUUGCUAACACACAGCUACCUGCCGGAUAGCAAAACCAUUGCUCACACACAGAUAUCUGUCGGAUAGCCAAAUCAUUGCUAACACACAGAUAUCUGCCGGAUAGCCAAACCAUUGCUAACACACAGAUAUCUGUCAGAUAGCCAAACCAUUGCUAACACACAGCUACCUGCCGUAUAGCGAAACCAUUGCUAACACACAGCUACCUGCCGGAUAACCAACCCAUUGCUAACACACAGCUAUCUGCCGGAUAGUCAAACCAUUGCUAACACACAGCUACCUGCCAGAUAGCCAAACCAUUGCUAACACACAGCUACCUGCUGGAUAGCCAAACUAUUGCUAACACACAGCUACCUGCCGGAUAGCGAAACCAUUGCUAACACACAGAUAUCUGUUGGAUAGCCAAAUCAUUGCUAACACACAACUACCUGCCGGAUAGUCAAACCAUUGCUAACACACAGCUACCUGCCGGAUAGCCAACCCAUUGCUAACACAUAGCUAUCUGCCGGAUAGCCAAACCAUUGCUAACACACAGAUAUCUGACGGAUUGCCAAACCAUUGUUAACACACAGCUACCUGCCUGAUAGCCAAACCAUUACUAACACACAGCUACCUGCCGGAUAGCCAAACCAUUGCUAACACAUAGCUAUCUGCUGGAUAGCCAAACCAUUACUAACAGACAGCUACCUGCCUGAUAGCCAAACCAUUACUAACACACAGCUACCUGCUGGAUAGCCAAACCAUUACUAACAGACAGCUACCUGCCAGAUAGCCAAACCAUUGCUAACACACAGCUACCUCCCAAAUCAUGCAUGCUCACCUAAGAGGCUUUUCCUGAUGCUGCAUUUGAAAGGCAGGAGGUUCAUUUCAUAAAAAUCUUUUUUAUUGCAUUGAGAUUAGCCGAUAUUUGAAUAUUAGUAGCUUAAGAUGAUAAAAGUUUAAUUUUAGGACACUGGGUUUACUUUUUGAGCUAUUGCAGUUUUAUUCUCCUAUUGCAGUCUGUUGUUUUGUGUUGUGCAUUCUUGGGCUGAUAAAUCAUUUUUAUUCCUGUCAUUUGUGCUGGGAAAUAACACAUCAAUUACAUUACAGCCACUGUAGUACAUGAUCAUGUCAUGUCAAUAAUAAGAAUUAUGGGAGAUGUAUUAUACCUGCCAGUUUUCUACAGUAGAAAGAUGACAAUUUAACAACUUUCCGACACACUGGUUUCCUUAGUUGGUGAUAACUUACUGCAGAUCCUGCAAAGCCUGGGCAUUUGCAGCAAACGUAGUAAGUUAAAGUAUCAAUUAAAAAGUUUUAGAAAAGGAUGCAAUCCAUUCUAAUGCCAAUAAAAUAUAUCUGUGCUCUAUGGAAAAACUCCAAUGCACCUUUUUUAAACAGAGGUUUUAGUGCCAUUACAAAGGCCAUUAAAGUGCAAGAUCUCCUGCCAAUGCCAAGUAAACCACGUAGGUGAGCCCUGUUCCAACAGCUCACAUGGUUUUCAGCUUAAAUUUAAAUUAUAAUGAGACACAAAUGUUUUUUUUUUUUUGAGUUUGUGUUUUUUUUUAUAAAAGCCACACAUUUAUUAACCUAAAUAUGAAGCACACAAGGAGUUGGUAAAAACACACAAAAUCAAGUCUAGUGCUCAAACUCCCACUACUCUUGGGCGAAAGGAAUGACUACAGUAUCAAUUAGCCCAGAAACAGACAAGAAAAAAGCAACAUAAAAGCUCCUUUCAACUCAAAGUCAAAACUUCAAAUCAGGAGAUAUUGUUAUGAACCCCUACACACUUAUUGACCCUUAAUACACACGGGGUUGGCGGCAGCGCUGUAACAUGGCUGUGUAAUACAGAAGCAAACGCAAACAUUCGGAACUCAAACUCCCACUACUCUUGAGCAGCAUCAAUGACUAUAAUAUUCAUCAACCCAAGCACAUAGUACAAAAGUUACCUGAACACUGUCCUACAUCCCUAUGUACAUUUAAAUAACUGGAGAUUUUUAGUACCACUCCAUUGGCCAUUAAAGCUCACCUAAGAGAUUUUCCCUGAUGAGGCAACUGAGCUUACACUUUAAUAGCCAUUGGAGUGGUUGACAUAAGAUGUUGGUGUCUAUUCUGUGCAAUACGAAUGCAGGUAAAAACAUAUAUAUUAGUCCUGUGCAUGAAAUCCCAUCACUGUUUGGCAGCUGCAUUAACUAGAGUAUGCAACCAGAUUCCCCAAAAGGUUACCUGCACUCCUAAACCCAAAUAUACAUUGUUUAAUAACAGAGGUUCUUAAUUUCACUGCAAUAGCCAUCAAAUCAUAAAUUAACCUGAAAAACGUAAGGCAAACCUCUUGGUGAUCCCUGGACUAAGUCAUUUGAACAGCAAACACAUUUUUUGCAUUUAAGUUGAAUUAUUAAAGAGAGGUACUUUGCUAUUGUCAGGGUAUUUAUAUCGGCAGACAUUUUGUGCUAAGAUAGAAACUAAAAGUGUAUAUUCUGAGUCACUCUGAACAGACCAGACUCCAUUUUGUUAUUUCAAGUUAACAAAGAAGACACUAGAUUUCUUUCUGUAAGACUGGCCUCUUUGCCAAAGCUAAGGAAUGCAUAGUAUAAACAAGUGAUAAGAAGAAUAUAAUCAAAUCUAAACCCAGACAAUUGUGACAGGGAAGAUUAAAUAAUUUAAUAUUUAACUGUCUAUAUGUAUAAGGUACCAUUGUAUGGAAAAGGGUAAACUUAGUUCAUGAUCUGCCAUAUCAGAAAUUAUGGCAGGAAUUGCAGAUGCUAAGUCUGGACAAAAUUUAAGAAACCCUUUGAAAUUUUAAAUUAUGGCACUAUAAAGAUAACGCAAAAUGACGUCAAAAUAGUCACCAGGAAAAGUUAACUCUUUCCUGGAUAGGUAUGUUUAGUGGGACAAGACUGCCCUCUACAGACCAAAUAACUAAUUUGCGAUCUGGAAGAUAACCACACCUCUAGUGCUUCUAUUGGGUUAUCAACUGAUGACGUACAGAGAGUCUGGCCCUUUAAAAGUUAAGAGGCAGGGUAUGCAAGAGAUGCAAAGGAGAGGAGAGAGGAAUUGGAAGUUUGGGGACUCCAACCUCCAUGCAGAGAGACAUCCAAAUAAGUUCCUGAGACUACCAAUCGGAUGAAAUAUCUACUCAACUGGUAAUUAUACUGGUUUCAUUUAAUUAAUUAAAUUAAUUAAAAUGUAUUAAUAGCAUGAUAUAUGACUGGAUAAAGCACGGUCAGAUUUCCAUAUUAAGAAAUCUUAGUUAACUAAAGAAUAUAUAGUUAUAAACAUUCCAUUCUGCAGGUGGAAUUAAGAAUAAUUAUAUAUUGAUGUGAUAUUAUCACGUGUUAGCAUACCGCUGUUUUUAUCCAGGUGUAUUGAUUUGCUCUAAAUUAAGAUAGAUAUCUUUUAGACAAAUUAAAAAUCUGCUUAUAUAAUAUGGUAAAUUCUCUUAUUGGAUGGUUUCAGAAAAUGACCAAUGAACUGGGUUAAAUGUUAUUUUAUUUAAAAUUACAUAAGAAUAGAUCUUAAUUACCUAGGAGAUCUAGCCAGCAUUGGAAGGGUUAUUCUAACUGUCUGCUAAACUUUACGACCUUAUGCUGCACUCUGAGGAAUUCUGUUCUCUGUGUGAAAAGUUUCACUUUCAAUCUGUGUAAGGAUACCUCAUAAAUCGUCAGAAUUCUUGACAGGAAAUGCUAUUUAGCCAUUGAAACAUAAUACCCAUUCCUUUGUAUUGCAUAUCAUUUUAUACUGAAUAUUCAUUGAUUAUUGUCAUGCAUGUUACAUGUUAUUAUUAAUUAAUUUGUCAUAUAAAUAAAAUCUAUUUUUAUACAUUGUGAUAUUAAUUAUAUGAUAUACUUCUCACUUAACACGAUAAACGUUCUUUGGGAUCUGAGAAUUGAAUUAGUGGGCAAUUCUCAACUGUUUACUAUUAUUAUCCCAUAAAUAUCCCCACACUAUUUAGGUUAACUGUAACUAAAAUAUAAAUAUUCUAUGACAUUUUCGUGAAGUGGCAGACAUCCAGGGAUCCUGGAUGGCUUGCGGAAUAUAGGUGCAUGAAUAAAAUAACUUAGCUCAAAUACCAGGCAAACUUUUGACUUAUUCAUCUAUCUGAAGGCUGUAUGUAAAGUAAAUGGUGCAUUAUCAGUCUGUCUGCGAGCUAACUAAAUAGGCACUUGCUAAAAUAAUUUACCAUAUUAAUACUGUAAUAGUUCAUGUUGACUAUUCUAUGUACUGCCUAACCAAGCGUAGAGAACAAUGUUGUUCUGACGAACCAACUGGACGUUUCAUGUAUGACAUAUUAGCAAUUAUUCCAAAAUCACAUGACAAGAUAUAGAAGUUUGCAAGGUUUUGUGUGGUGGUCAAAGUAAAUACUGAUAGAACAUCCAAAGAAUACCAGUAGAUAUUCCGUCAUGUUAAGGUUAUGAACAGAUUCCAAUACAAGGAGAGUCGAAACCCAGAAAGCUUUAUCGGAAAUAUAAGCUAGUUUCUGAGCUCCAUACCAUAUUUAUAGUGAUGUGGAAAAUGGUAAAUCUGCAAACAGAGUCUGUAACAGUAAUAGAGAUCACAUUAACAAGAGAACAAUCUGAAUUCAGAAUACACUUUAAACAAGCCAGGCUGACACACAGUAAUCAACCGAAUGCUGUUAAAUGGUCUGUGGCAGAAGGUGCGAAUAAGCAUGUUUGUGAUUCAGCAUGGUUACAUUAACCCCUUAAGGACUGGACUGUUUUUGCGAUGUUGUACAUUUGCGACCAGGCAUAUUUUUACACUUUUGUGGUGUUUGUGUUUGGCUGUAAUUUUCCGCUUUCUCAUUUACUGUUCCCAUACAAAUUAUAUAUUGUUUUUUUCAGGACAAAAGGAGCUUUCUUCACAUACCAUUAUUUAUAUAAUCUCAUGUAUUUUUAUUUAAAAAAAAUACAAAAAUCUGAUGAAAAAUUGAAAAAAAUACAUGUUUUUUGACUUUUACUUGAAAAAUCUUUUGCUCAUCUACAAAAGCGAAUGAAAAAAACUGCUAAAUAGAUUCAAAAUUUUGUCCUGAGUUUAAAAAUACCUAGUGUUUACGUGCUUUUUUGCUUUUUUUUGCAUGUUAUAGGGCUAUAGGUACAAGUAGGAUAUUGCGGUUUCAAAACAUACAUUUUUAAAAUUUAUCAAUAGUGACAUUGUAACACUAUUAUCUGUCAUAAAUCUCUGAAUAACACCCCACAUGUACAUAUUUUUUUUAAAGUAGACAACCCAGGGUAUUCAAUAUGGGGUAUGUCCAGUCUUUUUAGUAGCCACUUAGUCGAAAACACUGGCCAAAGUAAGCAUUCAUAUUUGUUUGUGUGUGAAAAAAGUAAAAAAACUAAAUUGAACGCUAAUUUUGGCCAGUGUUUGUGACCAAGUGGUUACUAAAAAAGACUGGACAUACCCCAUUUGCAAUACCUUGGGUUGUCUUCUUUUGCAAAUAGUAUGCCAUCAUGGGGGUAAUUCUCAUUCCUGGGCUACCAUACGCUCUCAAAGGCAACGUAACCAACCUGGCCAUUUUCAAUGUAAAAAUAUUUGACCCAUAUAUUUGACCUUGUAACUUUCAAAAAUGCUAUAAAACCUGUACAUGGGGGGUACUGUUUUACUCGGGAGACAUCGCUGAACACAAAUAUUAGUGUUUAAAAACUGGAAAACGUAUCACAACAAUUAUAUCAUCAGUAAAAGUGCUGUUUGUGUGUGAAAAAUGCAAAAAAGUAACUUUCACUGACAAUAUCAUCACUGUGAUAUGUUUUACUGUUUUGAAUCACUAAUAUUUGUGUUCAGCGAAGUCUCCCGAGUAAAACAGUACCCCCCAUGUACAGGUUUUAGGGUGUCGUAGAACGUUACAGGGUAAAAUACAGUGCUAACAAAUUAAAUUCUCUGGAAUUUCGGCCUGGGUUGGCAGGCAGGUCCCUCAAAUUGCAAUCAAUAAAAUUACUGAAUUAUGUAAAAAUAUUACAUAAAUACGCACGUAGAAUUUAAAUAUAUAUGCAUAUUUAUAUAUUUGAAGUCUACGUGUAUAUUUAUAUAAUUUUUAUGUAAUUUUGUAUAUGGACGUAUGUAUAUUUCUUAUUAUUUUUAUUUAUUUUUAUAUACAUAGAUAUAUAUACAAAUUCAUUCUAAGUGUAUUUUGAUAUAAAUAUAUAUAUAUUAAUUUUAAAAUACAGUUAGAAUAAAAUUUCAUAUAGAUAUAUAAUUUUUUUUUAAUUUUUUAUUAUUAUUUAAAAUAUUUUAUUUAAACACUAUUUAUAUUUUAUAAUAAUAUAUAUAUACAAUAUAUAUAGUUAUUAUAUAUAUUAUAUAUAUACGUAAUUUAUUAGGUGUAUUUUUAUUAAUAUAGUACAUAUUAAUAUAUAAAAUACACUUAGUAUGGCAUUAUAUAUAUAUGAUAUAGAUAUAUUAUAUAGAUAGUUAUAUAUGUCUAUAAUUUAUAUACACAUAUAUAAUUAUUUUUUUUUAUUAACAUUAACUUUAUUUUUUUUUUGAUUUUACACUGCAGGGAGACUGCCUGUCAGCACAGGCAGUCCCCCUGCAGGCAGACACAUGGACACCUAUUGUGACCAUGUGAUCGCUGUGUUAAGCGAUCACAUGGCCACAGGGGUCCUAAUCUGCCGCGGGGAGACUGUCUGGGCUGCAGGCAGUCUCCCCACAACCGGAGCCACGCUGAUCGCCGCCGGGGGAACGACGGCGAUCAGGUAAGUAGCUCUGACCGUUAGGACGGUUCAGGACCGUCAUCGGUCGGCAACGCAAAAAUGCCGAUGACGGUCCUGAACCGUCCUCGGUCCUUAAGGGGUUAAUGUAUUCUAGAACUUUGAUAAAACGGAACUGCAUGGGAGCUGUUGGGAUUAUGACAUGCCAUCUGUAGCUUGCGAUUCCUGUACACCCAGUCUUCUGUAUUCCUGGGUAUUUCACUGCACAUGCCAACAUAUAUAUACACUGCUCAAAAAAACAAAGGAAAUAUUUAACCCCUUAAGGACACAUGACGGAACUAUUCCGUCAUGAUUCCAUUUUAUUUCGGAAGUUGUGUCCUUAAGGGGUUAAACAACACCAUGUAACUCCAAGUGAAUCACACUUCUGUGAAAUCAAACUCUCUACUUAGGAAGCAACACUGAGUGACAAUCAAUUUUGCAUGCUGUUGUGCAAAUGGGAUAGACAACAGGUGGAAAUUAUAGGCAAUUAGCAAGACACCCCCAAUAAAGGAGUGGUUCUGCAGGUGGUGACCACAGACCACUUCUCAGUUCCUAUGCUUCCUGGCUGAUAUUUUGGUCACUUUUAACUGCUGGUGGUGCUUUCACUCUAGUGGUAGCAUGAGAUGGAGUCUACAACCCACACAAGUGGCUCAGGUAGUGCAGCUCAUCCAGGAUGGCACAUCAAUGCGAGCUGUGGCAAGAAGGUUUGCUGUGUCUGUCAGCGUAGUGUCCAGAGCAUGGAGGCGCUACCAGGAGACAGGCCAGUAUAUGAGGAGACGUGGAGGAGGCCGUAGGAGGGCAACAACCCAGCAGCAGGACUGCUAGCUCUGCCUUUGUGCAAGUAGGGACAUGAGGAGCACUGCCAGAGCCCUGCAAAAUGACCUCCAGCAGGCCACAAAUGUGCAUGUGUCUGCUCAAACCUCGUGUGGCUGGAGUGUGUCAACAGUUCCUGCAAGACGAAGGCAUUGAUGCUAUGGACUGGCCCGCCCGUUCCCCUGACCUGAAUCCAAUUGAGAACAUCUGGGACAUCAUGUCUCGCUCCAUCCACCAACGUCACGUUGCACCACAGACUGUCCAGGAGUUGGCAGAUGCCUUAGUCCAGAUCCGCCACCUCAUCAGGAGCAUGCACAGGCAUUGUAGGGAGGUCAUACAGGCACGUGGAGGCCACACACACUACUGAGCCUCAUUCUGACUUGUUUUAAGGACAUUACAUCAAAGUUGGAUCAGCCUGUAGUGUGUUUUUCCACUUUAAUUUUGAGUGUGACUCCAAAUCCAGACCUCCAUGGGUUGAAAAAAUUGAUUUCCAUUUUUUUAUUUUUGUGUGAUUUUGUUGUCAGCACAUUCAACUAUGUAAAGAACAAAGUAUUUCAGAAGAAUAUUUAAUUCAUUCAGAUCUAGGAUGUGUUAUUUUUGUGUUCCCUUAAUUUUUUUGAGCAGUGCAUAUAGAAAGAGAGAGAGAGAGUGUGAAUAGUGGCAUUACCGUGCCAGUAAGAUCAAGAGAAACAUAUCAUCUAGUUACACAACGUUUUAACAUAGUCAAAAGUAAACUAGUUUCACAACUGGAAUUAGAUGGACUACACAAAGAUCAUGAAUGUGCCAUGAGGAGAAAGGAACUCCCAAAACUCCCAUACGAUCACCCAUACCUACAAAAGGAUGCAUCUCUGCACCAAGAUGGCAUAUGAGCCGGUAUAAGAGAAAUUAUCAUAGAAAUGCUAGCAGUCUUUGACCAUAGGACAAGACUGAUCCACAACCAGCUGUGGAUCGAGGGGGGUGGGGGGAGCAACGGGGCAAUCCCCCUACCCCCCUUCUCCCCUGCCCCUCCCCACCCCUGGGAAAAUAAACAGUGCUGAGGCUCUUCCCUGCCGGCCCGAGUAGGAUAGUACCGGACCAGAGGGGAGAUCAGAGCUCUCCCUCACAGGCCCGCUGGCACUUUGCUGGCGGCUGACGGGGGAGGGAGAGGAGACCCGGGAGUUUUUGCUUCCAGCUCCGCCGGGUCUCCUCUCGCGACCUCAGAGCAUUCCCUCAGUUACCAUGGUAACAAUCUGUUUUCAUAAGAGUGAACUCUAGCCCUAGGACGCUACAGGCUAAAGUUCACUCUUACCACUAGAACAGCCAGGGAUUCUCUGCUGGACAACCAGGGCUGUACAAUCGAUAUCCCCCCUCUCUGGGGGGGAUAUAAAGCAUAUUUAAAAACAAAACACUUAUAUCACAUCUGAAUUGGUACAGCUUUUUAUUUUUAUUCUAUCUAUUCACACACCCUGCCUGAUCACUCAGCUAUGUGUUAGCUGUAAAAACACACAUUGUGAAUCACAGAAAAGCUAUUUCGUAUAUUAAUGCCCGCACGUUGUAAAUACCUGGUGACUUUUCCUAAAAUCUUUCUUGGCUGCUGUGAAAUACAGAAAUACAACAAAUUACUGUGUAAAAGGCUAACAGCAGGUCCCUAAAAUCACACUUGAGAUUGAGCAGUUUCUAAGCAACACACUCUGUGCAAGUUGAGCUUAAUUUUCUUGAAUGAGGCCAAUUCAUGAUGAAAAGUAAUUCCUGGACCAUGGUGUGUGAGCACGCACGAGCAUGUAUGCCAGUAAUUUAACCCUUUCAUUACUAGAUGUCAACUUCUGACCUAGGGGGGAAUGUAACAAGAUUUUCCACAGAUCUCUGAGCAGUCCUAACUCCCAUCAGUCUGACCUCUAUGUAACCUCCGUUACUAUGACCUCUAUAUAACCUCUAUCAGUAUGACCUCUGUGUAACCUCCAUCAGUAUGACCUCUAUAUGACCUCUAUCAGUAUGACCUCUGUGUAACCUCUGUUACUAUGACCUCUAUGUAACCUCAUCAUUAUGACCUCUAUUUAACCUCCAUCAGUAGGACCUCUAUUUAACCUCCAUCAGUAGGACCGCUUUGUAACCUACAUCAGUAUGACCAUUAUUUAACCUCCUUUAGUAUUACCUCUAUGUAAUCUCCAUCAGUAUGACCUCUAUGCAGUGGUGUAUUUAGGAUUUGUGCUGCUCCACCCCCAAUUUAAAUUUUCCCCACACCUUUCUGUCAAGGCCACACUUUGACUGACAGACGCUCACUCACUGACAGACGCACACUCACUGACAGACGUACACUCACUGAUAGACGCAUACACUCAUUGACAGACACCCACAGUCUCAUAUACACUGACAAACAAUGACAUACACACACACUAUUACUUGGACACACACUGACAGACGCACACUCACUGAGAGAUGCACACUCACUGACAGAUGCAUACACUCACUGACAGAUGCAUAAACUCACUGACAGUCGCAUAAACUCACUGACAGACACACACUAUCAUAUACACUGACUAACAAUAACAUACACACACACACACUAUUACUUGGACACACACUGACAGACGCACACUCUCACUGACAGACGCAUGCACUCCCUGACUGACACAUACACACUUACUGACCGACACACACACAUUAGACACACACACUUACAGACAAACACACACUUACAGACACACACACUUACAAACACACACACAUGCACACUUACAUACACACACAUUCACUUACAGACACAUACACCCGGCAGCCGCCAGCUUCGGGGCAGCUGAAAAGUGGCCAGCCAGCUCUUGAGCUCCCCAGGACAUGAGGCAAGCAAGGGAGCUGCCUGGGCGUUUGGGGUCGGCUUUUUUUUGCCGUCCCCUGCAAAAGUGCCACCCAAGGCAGAUGCCUUGUUUGCCUUGCGGAAGACACAUCCCUGCCUCUAUGUAAGACAUAAGGUCCGUCUCUACUCAUAUCAACACAGAUCAAAAACAACUCAGAUGCAUGGCUACUUUUGACGCAGACUGGGAUCAAGUGAAAACAAUUCUGAAAAGGUUCUGGCCUCUCCUUAAACAGGACGAACACUUAAAGGAUGUAAUUCCAUCGAGCGCGUGCAUCGUAGCAAGAAGGGGUAAAAACCUCAAGGAUGCCUUGGUACACAGCCAUUUCCAACAAAUGUGGACAAUGCAAAGCAUGCAACUUUAUCUGCAAAGACUCCAAAUGCUUUGAAAACAGAUCCCACACCAAAAAGUUUCGACGGUUCUCUUUCUUUAACUGUAACACCAAAGUGGUUGUAUACUUAAUGACAUGCCAUUGCAACAUGCUACAUGUGUAGGUAAGACAUUUCAUCCCUUCAAAAAAAGAAUUUUGGAGCCUAUCAAUUCGAUAAGAAUACUAAACAAAGGAUUUUCAUACUUUCCCUUCAUUAAUGAUCUCUGAAAAAUUUGAAAAUAUUGAAAUUAUUAAUAUCACAGCAAUUGAUAACGUUUGGAACUAGCCAAUCAAUAUAGCUGUGUUUUGAAUUUAAUAAAUCAAGGAUAAGAUUUGGUGUGCUUUAUAUACAUAGCAACAAUUCUUGAUCCCUGGCCUUUUCAAUUUGUAUCCUAUUGUUUCAAUACAGUCUCUAUUUUACUGGAUACAUUUUAAAUAGCUGUGGGAAUUUAGACUGCCUCUCUACCACUCCCUUCUGAAGGGAAGUUAUUAAAGCUGUAUAUACUUUAUUUUCAGUUUUUACACACCAGAUUAGAAAACCCCCUUGUUUGUAGUGUAUUUUUUUGUUGUUGUAAUUAUUGUUCCCAGGGUUCAGGCCCAAACUGACCACUAUGUCCCUAACCCAUUAAAAUUGGAUUGGGUAACAUAGUUUCUAGCUAUUUUUCAGUUGACCUCUAUGUAAUCUCCAUCAGUAUGACCUCUAUGUAAACUCCAUCAGUAUGACCUCUAUGUAACCUCCAUCAGUAUGACCACGAUGUAAACUCCAUCAGUAUGACCUCUAUGUAACCUCCAUCAGUAUGACCUCGAUGUAAACUCCAUCAGUAUGACCUCUAUGUAACCUCCAUCAGUAUGACCUUGAUGUAAACUCCAUCAGUAUGAGCUUGAUGUAAACUCCAUCAGUAUGACCUCUAUGUAAUCUCCAUCAGUACGACCUGCACAGAAUGAUAGAGCAUUCACAGAGAGCUCUACAUUACUCUCUGCAGACUGUUUCCAUUGACUCGACUGUCACUAGCGACAUCGGGAGAGUGAUAUGAAUUUCACGAGCAUUCCUUGCAGUUACUUGUAAACCCUUCAAUGGCCAUUAUACAUUCUUAUCAUAGCCUGUCAGACUGUGUAGUCCAUUAAGAAAUAUCCCAAUAAUAGGUGGAGAUCGUUAAGUUUGUCGGUUAGUAGCCCAAGAGCAAAGAUCGUGUAUGAAUACUAUCUGCUGCUUAUUUCCUGCCAAUAAACAGCUCACAUCCUACUCUUUUAAUCCACACGAAAAUGGUUCUGUGAGGCCUCACCCCAUCCUCUGUAUCAUAACUCCCAAGUGUCCAUAUUUUGGUUGGACAGUCCUAUUUUGAAUUAAAUCCCUCAGCUGCUUUUUUCUAUCCUAAUUUUACUCUUUACUAGUUGGUGUGUUUGAGUGUAUAGCAGAGCUCCACAGCAAUAAUGUUUAAAUCAAGGAACACUAUAGGAACCCAGAACACUUCAGCUCAUUGUAGUGGUCUGGGUGCCCCCCAUAUCUCUACCCCCCCCCCACCAAGUUGCCCCCACACACAUGCAGACACACACAUAGAGACACACUCAUAUACAGAGACACACACAUACAUACAAACACACACAUACAUACACACACACAAACACACAUACAUACAAACACACAAAUAUAUACAGACACACACAUACUGUGGCGGAACCAACCUCGCCACUGGCCACUGGAGGAGCCUGGUUGCCCACCUCUUGCCGCUGGACAAUGGCCCUGCAUUAAAAACCUUUUAUUUUCCCUAUGUGAGCAGUGUUACCCCAGAUAGCUAAGCCAUGGAGCCCAUUCGUAUACCGAAGGACUAUGGGAAAGACUUUGGCUACAUGGCGAUUGAACUGUAUGUAUGUGAUCUGAGCGCCAUUCGGUAAUAAUGUGCGCUCAGAUCUAAGCUAUCUGGGGAUAUGUAGAAUGUGUAUGUUUUAUCUGAUAAACAUAACAGUAUGUAUUUUUAUGUCUUUUAUUGUCCUUUGUCUGCCAUGUGGUUAAUGGAGAUUUGCCUCUGUCCUUGGAGAUAAUUGGAUUACUUCCCAAUUAUCUCCAGGACAGAGAGGAGGGAUUGUGAUGCAUUGUGGGAUUGUAAGCUUGUGAUUGGUCAAUGUCCAAUAUGUUUCCCAGUCUUCCAUCUGGUCCCCUAGGGGAGUGUCCACCAGGUGGGAGACCUGCAUAAAAGCCGGGCAGGUAGCCCCAGUAAAUGAGUUCUGCUUGACCCUCAAACGAAGUGUCGUCUCAUUCUUGGGGGGAAUUGGAUUGUAUGCUGUUACAGUGUGACUGCCAGGAGUGUAAACUGUUCGUAUGGUUUUUCCUUUUCGGCUGUUUACCGCAAUUGGUGUGUUUCCUGUUCGGGAGUUGGAGUUUUCGUGUGUUUGCAGUUCGGGAGAUUGGUGAAUUCAUGUGUUUGCAGUUCGGGAGAUUGGUGAUUGCAGUAGCUGCCUGAACAUCUGAAAAGGAGAAUAUCGCCUAAACGGUUUUUAACCUUUUGUGUGCAAAACGGUCCAUUACACACACAUACACACACAGACAUACAUACAGACACACACACAGACAGACACACAUAAAUACAAACACAAAUACACACACAUACAUAUAAACACACACAGGGACGUUUUAGCCGCGAGGCAAACAAGGCAUUUGACUUGGGCGGCAUUUUCCAGGGGACGGCAAAAAAAGCCGCCCCCCAAAUGCCCAGGGCAAAUGCCUUGUUAGCCUUGCGGCUAACUGACAUGCCGGGCGUGUGGGCCGCGGCUGGCGAGGGAGCACUUCCUCUGAGCUGUCUGCUCAGCUCCCUCACGCGCCACCCGCAGAGUGAGGCUGGGAGCCGGAUCGAUGACGUCAUAUUCUGGCUCCCAGCCUCACUCUGCGGGUGGCGUGCGAGGAAGCUGAGCAGACAGCUCAGAGGAAGUGCUCCUUCGCCAGCUGUGCGCCCGCCCAGCAGCCACUGGUAAGGAGGCGCGGGGGCGGGGUUAAAUAAAUAAAAAAAUAUGUUAAUGUGAGUGAGUGUGUGUUUGUGUCUGUUAGUGUGUGAGUGUGUGAGUCUGUUAGUGUGUGUGUUUGUUAGUGUGUGUGAGUUUGUGUCUGUUAGUGUGUGUUCGCUGUGUGUGUCUGUUAGUGUGUGUCAGUAUGUGUGUGUCUGUUAGUGAGUGAGUGUCUGUUAGUGUGUGUGUGUGUCUGUUAGUGAGUGUCUGUUAGUGAGUGAAUGUCUGUUAGUGUGUGAGUGUGUCUGUUAGUGUGUGUGUGUUUCUGUUAGCUAGUGUAUGCGUAUCUGUCAGUGAAUGUGUGUAUGUAUUUAGAAGGUUGGGUGGGGGGGGGGAGGGGGCGUCUGAGUUUUGUCCUGCCUAGGGCAGCACAAAACCAGGAUACACCACUGAACAUACAUACACACAGACAGACCCACACACAAACAUACAGACACACAUACAUACACACACACACACAUACAUUUAGACACACAAGCAUACACACACAUACAGAGAAACAUUCAUACAGACACACAUUCAUACAGACACAUACAGACACACAUAUACAAAAUAUUUUAGUAACCCUCCUGUUUCCUACGUUUUAGAUGUAGGUGACUUCCCUGGGGUCCAGAGGUGGCUCAGCCUGAUGAGAGUCAAAGUUCCCACUCUGACUCUCUCCUCUCCUUCCUCCCGCUCGGCUCCCAUUGUAAGCUGGAAGGAGUGAAUGCGGCAGUCGCUUCCUCCCAGCUGUGAUGUCAUUGCCCAGUUAGCUGUUAAAGCGCUGCAGUGCCGACCGGGCCCCCUGGAAAUCAAUAGCCAUUGGUUGGCCCUAACAGCACGGACCACCCGAUGGCCCCGGCAGUUAUAGCGAGCGGGCUGGGCCUGCAACACAGGGCAGCGAGUGCUGCGGUCGCAGGGUGGCGGGACCCCCUGGAGUGACUGGCCCGGUCACAGCUGCGACCCUUGCGACCGCGGUAGUUCCGCCACUGGUGCCAGGAAAAAUAAUGUGUUUUCAUGGCACUAUACUUUCCCUUUAAACUACAAUAAAUGUGCUUAGAAAUCAGUGUGUGUAAAUACAUUGUUCUUGUUCUAAAAUUCCAUUUUAGUUGCAUAAAUUGUUAUUAGUCAGUCACCUAAAAUAUCUCCAAACAGCCACACGCAUGACCUCAGCCCCACUCACACCCCUUAGCUAAAUGUGUCCCUCUAAAGUAGUGGCACUCCAGUAUCUCCCAUAAUGAUCUUACAGCCGUAAUGCUGACAAAGCAUCAGGGGAGAUGUAGUCUACAUAUGGAGUACCGAAGGUUGCCUGUCGCUACUCUAGGAGCUCCUAGAAAAUAGGGGGUAGAAAAGAGGGACAGAAGGAUUUGUGCCCAAUAUAUAUAGACUGUCCUCCUAAAAGGAUGAUUUGGGAAGAUAAAAUUAUCUUAUAACUAUUUUAUGUAUUAUUAUGGUUCCCUUUCCAAGAUAUCUUUGUUGACCCACUGCACAACCAUGACUGACAUUUCUCUGCCAAGUUGAUUUGCCCGCUAUUAGUAAUCUGAAAAUUAAGGUUAUUAGUGUAGUACACUAAAAGCAAGUGUGAUGCUUCCAAUAUUCAUUACAUAAAGAAGAUUUAAUUUUUUACAAACUCACAGUAAAUACACAGUGGUUAGAAACUAACAGCUGAAAAAAAGGAAACUUGACACAUUUUAUGCCACCAUUGGCACUUAGUCAUAGGCACCUUUCAACAUGUCUUCAGCAGCUUGUUUCUUCUGUAUUUUUGCUGCGAAUUUGUAAAUGUAAAACCAUAUUAUGCAAUGAAUAUUUGAAACCGCCUGAUUUUCUUUCUGUCUGCUUUCUUUUCAAGCAAAUGCCUCAUUCCCCCUGUAUAAAAUAUUUCAGCAAUGUCAGGGGUCGACUAUUAAGAAUCUCAGCUGCACAUGGUAUAAACCAUAUGAGUUUCCCUUUAACCUGGAAUUAUUGCUUUGAGUCUCAGUUUAUGGAACAGAAGAAAAAUAAACAUUUUGCACUAGAAGCAUUUUGCAGUAAUGGGUGCUUAAUCAUACGCAUUCUUAUAUGCGGGAGAGUGCCUCAUUAUUAUUUUACUGUAUGCUUCUGCCUGUGUGGUUCUAAGCUGGAAUGCAUCAUGCAUAUAUAGCACCCACACCACUAAAUGAAAUAAUAAUUAUUGUGUAAUCUUAGAUACCAUGGAGGUGAUACUUACAUUGUUGACGAAAAUUCUAAUACUGGGGAGCAUGUGAUACACUUAAACACACUAGAAUGUAUUGUGAGUUUUAUUGCUGUGGAGCUCUGAGAUAGAUUUAUACACACUGCACAUUACAGAGAGUUUGAUUGUCUCGUAGCUCUGUAUGUCUUCCAUACAGACCUCAAAGGAAAGAAAAAUUGUGAGAUAAUAAAGAGAAAAUGCUUCUUCAAUAGAGGGAUUUGCUCUGAUCUUCCAUAUAGUGUGAUUGAUGCAAUUUCUAUUUAAUAUCCGCAAUAUUGGGGCACUGGGAACCUGAGACUACUCAAGGGAAUUGAGACAUGUUUCUUUGUAACUGUAGCUAUCGAAAUGUAAAAUGUGCACCAUGCUUGGACUCCAAAUUUGCCAAAUUCCAUAUUCAGCCAAAAAAAGUCUUUGAUUUAUCUUGUGACUCUCUUGAGGCCUCUUGAUGUUUUUUUUUUUCUUUACAUUUUCUUUUCCCUCUCCUUUUUUAGAUGAACAUUUACAAGUGCACUGAAGCGGUACACCAGCAAGCAAACGUUAAUUUUCUGCACAUCUACGGAGCCAAAGAGACAUCCCCGGAGAUAGUUAAUAGCAAAAAUUACAAUUUGAAGACGACAGACAAUGAAACAAAAGAAAUGGUUGGACCUCCAGGGAAUUCACAGGAAGGCACCAUCACAGAAGAAUGUGUUUCAGGUAAUGGAAGUCAAGUGACAUGUAGCUGUUCACUUACCAAGUUAGGACCUCUCCAAAAGAAUCAUUAAAGAAGCAGUGACCUUCUCAUAUGGGCUCGAUUUAAUAUUUUGGGGCAAACUUUUCAAAUGAUCACAAUCUAUUAGAAAAACUUUUAUCUACAAAUAUUCCAUUAGACUUUAAUGGCAAUUCCCGUAGAUAAAUCAUUUGAAGAGUUUUUCUACUAGACUGUGGUCAUUUGAAAAGCGAAUCAACAACCAAUAAAUCAAGGCUAAAGUCUUUAUACUUUCUUCACAUUCAUGGUUGUCUAGUGAAGUCAUGGAGAGACAAAUUAAUGUCUUUGUUAUCAGAUAUGUGUCUCUUAGCUGGUCUUUAGUCAGUGCUACCGAGGGCACAUUAUUAAGACAUUGGGAUCAUGAAGUGUCUAGUUUAUAAUAAAGAGGAUGAACAGCCUCCAUUUGUCCAUUGUUUCCAUAAAGACAGUCCAGGUAGAAAAAAAUUAGGAAAAACUCAUCCAUAGUAUAUGACAGGAUGGUUCAGCCGAUAUACAUGCAUUUUGGGUCAGACAUUGUUUGAAAACCAAGUUAGUCUCUAUGGUCUUCCCUGCUUCUGAGUGAAGUAGCGAAAAUCAUAGAGAUCAACUAUUGGUUUUCAAAGAACCAUGGUUCAUGUAUAUAGCUAAGGGAUUCUGACAUACUAAAAGUAGUAUGAUUGGUCUUUUUUCAACCUACUGUGUACCUAUAAAUGUAAAAAAAGAGAACCAAAGUCCAUCAAGUUCAACCCUGAAACCCAUUAUUUUAUGAUGUUGAUAAAAAACGAUGGCAAAAAACUCCCAAUUGUAGUUAUUUUCAAUUAUGCCACAAAAGGGAAAUAAUCCUUCUUGACUCCAUAAUGGCAAUCAGAUUUCUCCUUGGAUAAAUAAGUUGUUUUCAGGGGGCAUGUCCUGGACUCCGAGCAUGGCGGCAGCAUAAUCCCUCGGCUCCUCACCACCCAGCAGCAAUAAGCUCCCAAAAGCCUAAAACCCGCACAUAAAUGGGUUGAACUAAAGGUCGAGACAUCCCACAAACCUCCAGGACCAAGCAGCCGCACUCAAAAAGGUAGCGGAAACCCUCACCCAGAUCUUCCGCAUUAUCCUCCGGGAAGAUGCACCGGACCACUUCAAAUUUGACAGGGCCCACAGAGCCCUCAAUACUUCUCUCGAAACAGAAAAAAUCUUAGACCCAGAGGGACGCUACAUCUUCUUGAAAGGCACAAUAACAAACAGAACCUACACCAUAGCAUGUAUAUACGCCCCCAACCAGAAUCAAUCGCAGUUAAUUCGCAGAACACUGAGCGCACUGGCCGAAUUCGCGGAGGGAACCCUCAUACUAGGGGGCAAUCUCAAUGUCCCCCUGGUCCCCCACCUAGAUACCUCGACGGGACGGAGUAGCGUCCCACAGAGAGACAUCUGCAGUACUCUGAGAGCCCUCAGACAACUAAGGCUGGUGGAUUGCUGGAGAGCCUUACACCCCACGGUAAAAGAUUAUACACACUAUUCGAGGGUCCUCGCGAGAUACUCGAAGAUUGACUACGUAUUUCUCCAGCAGGAACAGCUCACUGCACUACAAUGGGUAACCAUCGAGGCUGCCUCGUGGUCCAACCAUGGGGCGGUCAUGAUGGAAUUGGACUCCCCACUGAUAAGACCGAGGGUGAUGACCUGGAGGCUAAACGACACCCUGUUGGAGGAUGUUACAAUUAGGGAUAAAAUCACGGAAGCCUUGAACGACUACUUCUCACACAACGAAAAUGGAGAUACCCCAGCCACUACCAUUUGGGAAGCCCAUAAGUGCGUCCUGAGAGGAUACAUAAUUCAACUGGCAACGAAAAAGAAAAAGGAGGCCCAACGACAGAUAGUGGACCUCCUCAAUAGAAUCGGGGAUAUCGAAGCACGCCACAAGCGAACGCUUGCUGAGGACACCUACAAAGAACUGCUGGAUCUCCAAAGCCAACUACAUACACUACUGCUCAAGAAGCACUACCGGCAAUAACAGUGUCAUGGUACCUGAAUCACAGACCUCCUUCUCCUCCAGCAUUUUCGGCACUUUAGAGGCUGGCCGCGAUAGCCCCGCCCCGCAAUUCCGCCGACGUCAUGACGUCAAUGACGUCACGAACCGCCGAAAAAGUCAAACCAGGAAGUUUUGGGGGCGUGGACAUCAAUUAAAGAGCCAGGCUAUAAAAAGUACUCACUUACUGUGAGUCAUUGCCCUGUCGUGGUUUCAGCUUGUCUGUUCCCUCAGUGCAUCUCUCGUGAUUGGUUUUCUGGUUAAUUAUCUUGGCUUGUAUCCUGACCUUGCUGUUCUCUCCUAUCCUUGUACCCGGCUUGACCUUCGCUUACCUGUCUUCUCGUUCCCUCGACCUCAGCUUGUCUCUGACCAUUCUUAGUUUAUGUGACGUUAGUCCGGCCACUCUAAGGUCCGGUAUACGUCUUUAUAGUUUCAGUACUGCGUGUUGGAUCCCUGUCUUGAUCCUGACAUUACGACAGGGUCAAUGGAUCCUGCAGGUACUGCCUCCCAGGACUCUAGAUUCGAAGCCAUGGACCAUAGAAUGGACCAAAUGGCUAUGGCCUUGCAGUCAUUAUUAUCUCGGCCGAAUCUGCAGCCGGAGGAGAAUCGUACUUCCCUUAUUGCUCCUGUAAACACAGGAUUAGAAGUAGCUACAGUUGGGGCCUCCUCUCAUGUUACCUCACCGCUACGCUAUGGUGGUUCACCAUAUACUUGUUGAGGUUUUCUGAACCAGAUUAGUAUUCACUUCGAACUACAACCGCGGAUUUAUCAUAACCUUGCUGAUAGAUAAAGCACUUAGAUGGGCUAAUCCGUUAUGGGAGAAUGAUAACCCGUUAGUUUAUAACUACAACGCUUUUGUGGAAGCCUUUAGGAGAACAUUUGAUCCUCCGGGAAGGAAGGCUAACGCCGCUAAGGCAUUGUUACGCGUAGGCAAAGGAAUAGUACUCUGGUGGAUUAUGCGUUAGAAUUCAGAUCUCUGGCUUCUGAGGUAAAAUGGAAUGAACAAGCCUUCAUGUUUUUCUAAAUGGUUUAGCUGAUGAAAUAUUAGAUGAGGUAGCCACUAGAGAACUCCCUGAUAAUUUGGAUAAGAUUUGAUCUCAUUUAUAUCUCGCAUAGAUGAACGCAUGAGACAAAGACAAAAUACUAGAGAUAGAAUCCGUAGGUCUUCUAUUAGAUUAGCUCCCUCGUUCCAGAAUUCCAGUUCUACAGCUCUAGCAUUACCUGAACCUAUGCAAUUGGGGAUUACCCAACUAACAGAACAGAAGAGACAAUACAGAAGAAGGGAGGGUCUUUGUUUAUAUUGUGGACAAAGGGGUCACCUACGCUUUAACUGCCCCACUCGGCCGGGAAACGCUCGCACCUCAGUACCUCCAGAGGACAGGCCUUGGGUGAUGAAAUCUCGUCCUCUAUAAAUAAACAGAAAGACUAAUUCUAAUUCAUAUCUCUUCAAUACCUUUGCUCUAAUAGAUUCCGGAGCAGCAGAAAGCUUCAUGGAUCAAGCUUUUGCCAAGAAACUACUUCCUUUUCAACUAAAAGAGACACCCUUCCAUGUGGUUUACUUCAACCUUUAGAAAUACCUAAGAAACCAUGGUCUAGUAUAGCUAUGGACUUUAUUGUUGAAUUGCCGGUAUCUAAGAAACAAACAGUUAUUCUCACUGUUAUUGACAGAUUUACUAAAAUGGCUCAUUUUAUCCCAUUACCCAAGCUACCUUCUGCACCCGAAUUGGCUGAGAUCUUUGCAAAAGAAAUCUUUCGCUUGCAUGGAAUGCCUACGGAUAUUGUCUCGGAUAGAGGUCCCCAGUUCGUAUCUCGUUUUUGGAGAUCCUUCUGUUCCCAGAUGGGCAUCACAUUAAAUUUCUCGUCGGCAUACCAUCCCCAAUCUAAUGGGGCAGCCAAACCUACCAACCAAAAGAUCGAACAAUACUUGCGCUGUUUUGUGUCUGAACAUCAAGAUGAUUGGGUUGAUUUGAUUCCUUGGGCAGAGUUGCACACAACAAUUUGGUUUGUAAUUCUACUCGUAAUAGCCCCUUCUUCAUGACUUCAUCCUACUAUUCUUCCGUUGGUGUCCUCUUCACAGGGUAUACCGAUGGUUGAUAUCCAGGUCGACAAUCUGAGGAAGUUGUGGGAUCAGAUUCACCAUAUUCUUGUUCACACUUCGGCUUUAUCUAAACGUCAAGCGGAUAAGCGCAGAAAACCUGCUCCUGUUUUUCACCCAGGGGAUAAGGUAUGGUUGAAUACCAGACACAUACGUUUAAGGGUUCCUUCCAUGAAAUUCGCACCUCGUUACAUAGGGCCUUACAAGGUCUCACGGAAGAUCAACCCAGUUGCAUAUCAACUUGUGCUCCCUCCUGGAUUGCGCAUUCCUGAUUCUUUUCAUGUUUCACUAUUGAAACCUCUCGUUUGUAAUAGAUACAACUCGGCUUCGACUCCCCCCUCUUCUGUUCAAAUUGAGGGUCAGGAGGAAUAUGAGAUUAAUUUCAUUCUUGACUCCCGUUUCUCUCGUGGGAAGUUACAGUAUCUUGUUGACUGGAAGGGAUAUGGUCCUGAAGAAAGGUCCUGGGUGUCUCAUGCGGAUAUCCACGCUCCUCGCCUUCUCCGGGCAUUCCAUGCCCGCUUUCCACAGAAUGGUUAAUGCUGAGCAGCAAUUAUGCAAAUGAAACCUGGUAACUGAUUUUGGGGUCAAAGGCCGGUUACAGCCUAUCAGAACUAAAGGAGGGGUAUUUAGGCCCAGUUCUCAGCCUGCUCAGUGCCCUGUCGUGGUUUCCCUUGUGGUUGUCUGAGAGCGCGUUCCUGUUUAUAGUUUUCUACCUGGUUUUGACUUUGGCUUUGUUUAUUGACUUCUCUAUAUUCUGGUAUCCUGACUCCUGGCUUUCCUCAUCGCUGUGUCCCUUUCUGUGUUCCCUGACCUCGGCUAGUAUUUUUGACUAUUCUUUGUACAUUAAAUCCGGCCAUUCUAAGGACCGGUAAUACGUUACUUAUUUGUCAUUCGUGCUGUACAGUUCUACGUGCUGGAUCAAACAGUAAUGCUGACACACAAGACGUGACUAUGAUCUACUACUCGACCCACGGUUGCACACGAGGGAGACGGUUGACAAAGGAGUAAGCGCACAACACCUCUAGCACAUGGUAAAUUAAAGAGGGCCCCCCUCCCCCCUUAACCCCCCCCCAAAAAAAAGCCAUGAAGGAGACAUACACACCAACUGAGACCCACAAGACCCACACCCACAGGCCUGGAAAUGGGACAGUCAAAUCACCAACUAAAAUGAUGCAUGAUCCGUAGUCCCAACAUCACACCCUACAAAACCAACCCAAGUCCCGGACAAACAGUACCACCCCAUCCGAGAAAACACACACAGAACCAGGGAGGAUUAGAACCCCGAAAAUCCGCGGGACACACAUAUCACAACCUCACAAUCCCGACGCAGGGGCGUGCACAUGAGAAGAUAUACGUGCCCUGACCCUAGUAACCCCGACACAAAUACAAGACCACCUCAAGGCAACCACCUACUACAGGACUCUAUACCACACGAUAGACGAUACACGCAAAGUGAAGAGAGGACAGCACCCUCCACAACUAAGUAGAUGCGAUCUUGACACCUGCUGGACGCAGCCAAAGCGCUCAUGCCCGCAAUGUGGAAACAGACACAGUCCCCAACGUUAACCCAAUGGUACGACAGAGUGGAGGAGAUCCGCUCCACAGAAAACGUGAGGGCGUCCCUUGUGGGACAAAGCAAAAAAUAUGUGGAGCGGUGGGGGCCGUGGCUGGGAAACGUCGCUGGGGGAUGGGGGGGCGAUGUCAUGACCCAGCAUACUGACCCGGCGGAUGCGGGGGGGCAAUAGGGGACACACAUGCCUUCCAGAUGACGAGAUCAUCAUACGACUGAACGGAGACUGGGAAUUAAGCCCAAUAACAAGACCACAAUGUCACGUAUUCAUCCGCUUAUAGAAAUGUGGUUAAUGACAUUUACUGUCCACACAGGAAAAGUUGUGCCGAGCAGCAACCUAAUCCACAGAAGGGUUAAUGCUGAGCAGUAAUUGUGCAAAUGAAACCUGGUGUCAUGUAUUCAUCCGUUUAUAGAAAUGUGGUUAAUGACAUUUACUGUCCACACAGGAAAAGUUGUGCCGAGCAGCAACCUAAUCCACAGAAGGGUUAAUGCUGAGCAGCAAUUAUGCAAAUGAAACCUGGUAACUGAUUUUGGGGUCAAAGGCCGGUUACAGCCUAUCAGAACUAAAGGAGGGGUAUUUAGGCCCAGUUCUCAGCCUGCUCAGUGCCCUGUCGUGGUUUCCCUUGUGGUUGUCCGAGAGCGCGUUCCUGUUUAUAGUUUUCUACCUGGUUUUUGACUUUGGCUUUGUUUAUUGACUUCUCUAUAUUCUGGUAUCCUGACUCCUGGCUUACCUCAUCGCUGUGUCCCUUUCUGUGUUCCCUGACCUCGGCUAGUAUUUUUGACUAUUCUUUGUACAUUAAAUCCGGCCAUUCUAAGGACCGAUAAUACGUUACUUAUUUGUCAUUCGUGCUGUACAGUUCUACGUGCUGGAUCAAACAGUAAUCCUGACACACAAGACGUGACUAUGAUCUACUACUCGACCCACGGUUGCACACGAGUGAGACGGUUGACAAAGGAGUAAGCGCACAACACCUCUAGCACAUGGUAAAUUAAAGAGGGGCCCCCUCCCCCCUUAACCCCCGCCAAAAAAAAGACAUGAAGGAGACAUACACACCAACUGAGACCCACAAGACCCACACCCACAGGCCUGGAAAUGGGACAGUCAAAUCACCAACUAAAAUUAUGCAUGACCCGUAGUCCCAACAUCACACCCUACAAAACCAACCCAAGUCCCGGACAAACAGUACCACCCCAUCCGAGAAAACACACACAGAACCAGGGAGGAUUAGAACCCCGAAAAUCCGCGGGACACACAUAUCACAACCUCACAAUCCCGACGCAGGGGCCUGCACAUGAGAAGAUAUACAUGCCCUGACCCUAGUAACCCCGACACAAAUACAAGACCACCUCAAGGCAACCACCUACUACAGGACUCUAUACCACACGAUAGACGAUACACGCAAAGUGAAGAGAGGACAGCACCCUCCACAACUAAGUAGAUGCGAUCUUGACCCAACAACACUGACACAUACACUAACACAGGACGGACCUAGGUGCCCGUACCUUAAUGUACACAUCACUUGACCACCUGCAAACGACCGCAGACCCGCCCAGGGGACCGCUCAGCGGCUGCAAACAGACAAACUAGACUUGUUAAGCAACAUACCGGUACCUUUGUAUCAAAAUAAAAUGUUUUAAUGUUUCCAUGUUAUUGGUUAGCCAGCCGGGCUGUUUAGAGACCUGCGUGUCUCAUUUUAUACUACUAUCUUAGAGAUCUGCGAAUCUCACAUGACCAAGUAUUAUUCAGCACGUUGGAAACCUGCGCGUUUCCACCUAUCUUCUUGCAUGAUAUUCAAUGGAAAAUUUGACAAACUUUCAAUAAAGAGAUUUACAAAAAAAUUAAAUAAGUUGUUUUCAUACAUAUCUAUAGAAUCUUCACAACCUCGUUAGAAUCCUUUCCUGUGCUGUAAGUGAAAACUCCUUUCUUCCAGUCUAAAUGGGUGACCUUAUCUGAUGUAUAUUCCUUCUACUAGGUUAUCACAUAGUGGUUUGUACUGAACCUGUUUAUAUUUGUAUAGUGCCAUCAUAUACCCUCUGAGGCACCUUUUUGUUCUAUGGAAAACAAAUUAUGUUUUUCUAGACUUUCUCCAUAACUAAUGCUUUCCAUAUACAUCAUUUUAAAAAUGUUUUUAAAAAAAAUAUAUUUCCUUUUAAUACUUGAUGUUACAGAUUAUUAUAUUUAAAUAAAAUAGUUUUGAGGCGACUAUUGUCAUUUGAAUACUGAAUAAUUACAAAAUGAGUCCUGAAUUUUAUAUGAAAAUGUCAACCACCAGUCAACCUCACUCCACCCCCCUCCCCAGGCAGUAAGCAUCUGCUUAAUUAAAUACAAAUAAAUAAAUGAAACAGGACACCCUAUCCCCCGAUGUCAUAGAAUGUUGAGGUUUAAUCAUAUUUUGGGCACUUGGGCAGGAAACUGUUCAGCUGCUAUUGCAUGUUGGGAAGGGUAAAUAUGGUCUAUCAGUGGGCAUCUAAUAAACACCCAUCCUUAUCCCUUACUGAAUCUACAGCAGUUGAGGAGUUAUAUCUGUAUAACUGACUCCAAUGAAAUUAGGUCAACUGCUCAUGAAUCGCCCAUCUAAUAAAAGUAUGCAUGGAAGGGGAGGACUUCAUUAAUACACAACAGGGGUCCCAUUGAUUCACUUUUACACAACACGUGAUGGGGUGGUUUAUUUUAUUGAGAUGUCAGUCAAGAAGAGGGAAUAACUGAGUGUGGAAAAGUAUAUUUUUGAUUGCGCUAUAAAUUUUUACUGCUUUGGUAAAAGUUGACAUUCUAGCAGAGUGAGAAGCAGGCAUCAUGAGGGAAGUGAGUUUAGAAAAGAUGAGUUAAAUAGGAUGUACAAGAAAAUGCACAAGAAGUCAAAACAGAAACAGUGUAAUAAUUCACUCUACUCCAAGAAUUGUAGAAAAUUACAAGCGAUUGACACAUUUUCACCCACCAACUAAAAAGAAAAAACUAAAUUAAAAACUAAAUUGUAAAAAACUCCAAAUGAGCUAUUUUUGGUUUGAAAUAUUAGAUUUCCUGAUGAGUUUCUGCAAAUGUCAGGUUUAUUGAAUAACUCAGAACUUUUUGUGACAGCAAGAAGUUCACAAACUAAUCAAUGCAUAAACAGAGUAAGCCCUACUCAUUUCUUCAUCACAUGCACAUUCAAGCACCUAAACACAAAGCAUGACUUAUUUAUCAAGGAAAAUUUAAUAAAAGACAUAAACCUGAAAUCUGACCCAUCUACAUCCAACGGUGAAUUAUGUCCUGGUCUUAUGUGAAUUUCUGUGUUUCAUUGUAAGCUUUGCAUAUUGUGGAUUUUUCAAAGACUUGAUUAUGAAGAAUGGUUUAUAAUAGCUCAUGACUAACCAAAGAGAGUUAGCAUUGCGUAAAACGUGGACAUGUAGAGAAAAUAUAAGCCAUUCAUUUUCGGAUGAAAGCGUUUUUGUCUUAAUUUUAGCUAUUCGUCCGAAAGUUGAAUGAACGAAUAUAAAUUACAACAAAUGAAACAAAGACCAAAUUGCUUGUUAUGAGAUUAUAUCUUCAAUCAUUCAUUUUAGUUUAUUACAAGGAGGCUGCCUACUUGUAAAAUUUACACGUAGAAGGAAUAGGAAUAUUUACAAAUAGAAGGAAUAUGAAUCCCAAAUCCGCCCCCUCCUACAGUGGGUCAAUAUGACCCUAUAUUAGUAUAAUUAAAUCCUCCCUCAUGCGCCUACCUGCCAUGCCACCAGUAUGGUCAUGUCUACUAAAAAACAAGCAGCCAGGGGUUGCUUGCUGUCAUAAGAAAAUACUAAUGACUGGACAUCUAUUGCUGCCUUGUCGCUAAUCUAAUAAAUGGCACAGGUUUCCCAUGCUCCUAUGGUGUGGCACAUAUUUAAAUAAUCAACUGGGGGCUAUUGAAAAUAAUAAUGGGGGACACAGUGUCCCCCCUUGUACCAUCCAUUGGUGGAAGGUAAUAGCACUAAAUAAUAAUGCAGCUCAGAAUUUCAUUAGUCCGAAUGAAAUUCCGGAAUUAAAAUAAUGGCCACCUUUCAUCUGAAAACGGAUGAACAAACAAACUAAAUUUGGUUCGGAAGAAAUAAAAAAUUUUUCCAUCCAAAUGUAUUUGGACGAAAUGAAAAUGUCAGGGGUGACCAAGUCUAGUAUUUAAUUGGUCUUUUUUCAGUGUAAAUUUGCAUUGUUAUGCAAGCCAUAUGGGGAGACGGAUAAUGGUAAGCAUUACUGUAGGGAUAGAUAUCGCUUCUGCAAGACAGUAAAUUAAUUAUGGAAGUCAGUGACGGGUAACACAGCCUGACUCAUUCAUCUAUUCAAUUAACAGCGUGAUAACCUUGAGGGAAAAUAUAAGGAUGCUUCAGCCUGUUUUAUGUGUGUCUGUUUAAUUAUUGUUUGCAUAUCCUGCUCUUUGCUUUUUAAACACUUUUCAAAUCUUAAUAAAAUAAAAAAGGAUGGAAACCUAAAAUCUAAAUUUAUAUACAGAAAGUACUCAGGAAGAAAGCACAAUUCACUUACACCCUCAGUUUGUGAAAAAACAACCCACUAAAAUGAUCUUUCAUAGGCACGCCCAAGAGCAUGUGAGGGGUAUGAUCAAUUCCCAGGGAACUAAAAAAGUUACUAAUUGAAGAAUAGUAGUUUAUGCUAGUAACUGUAUAACAUGUUAAUCAAAUAUUUAACAUAGUAUCAAGACUACACAGAAACAGGAAAAAGAGGGGCGAAACAUAGGGGAAAAGCAAUUCUUAUUAGAUAACCAGCACAACUCACCCUAGUGUUCCUCAAAUGCCUCAGCACACAAUGAUCUUAAAGAAAGCUCUCCAAUUAGAAAUACAUUUACAUCACCAUUUACAUCCAGAAGGAAAAUCGACAAUACCUUGGCCAAAAAAGCCUACAAUGUAAUUUAUUAUAGUGUUACUCAAUUAUCGAAGCUUCUCCUAAAUAAAUAGCUAUCUCUUAUAGGAGUUAGUGUGACCAGAGAUAAAUACUCAAUUUCCAGAGCUAAAUAAACCUAGAUGUCUUCGGCUCCUAUAUGAACCUACAAUGACCUCAAACUAAUUGUAAAAUCAAACUUCAAUGUAUUAGCUACUCAAUAACUUGGCUUGGGAGAAACCUACCAUACUAUUUAGCACUUAAAGUAUGAAUUCAGGUUCCAUCUCAGAGUAGAGUGUGCUAUAAUUAAUGUCCUUAAAUAUGAAGCCCACUCUAGGGCUCUUUGUAACAUCUGACCAUCAAUUCAAACACCUCCAGCAACAUAAUGUCUCCACUUCCUAUUAUUACCUUUAGACUGUAAGCUUGUGAGUCAUCUUUCAUCUUGUGGUGUCUAGAUUGGCCACAAAAUCAUAGUUGACUUUACAUCAUGGAAGCAAUGGUGUACAAUCAUUUAAAAUAAAAAUGGACACCUUAUGCAUUGCUUCAAGAGGUCAUAGAACAUGUAGGUUCAAUGAAAGUCCAGGAAUGUGAAGAAGUGACUAAUUUAGAAUUGUCAGUCAGCUGCACUGUUCCAGCAGAAUGUGUAUUGAGGGGGGUUAAAAGAUAAUACCUGCAUCAUUUCUUAACUAUAGCCCUUAUUUCAUCCUGUGUAAACAUGUAACAUCAUCUAUGUGGUCAUCUAAUUGUCUGUUUGUUUCCCUGCUAGGAGACAGUGGAAGUCAUUCUGGCCUGGAGAAGAAUGACCUUGAAAAAAUAGUGGGAUUCAACAAUGUUCCAAAGCUGCGCUACUCUCUAGGCUAUGAACGACAGGCGGAAGAGCUUUGUGUGUCUUUCUUGGAGGGUAGGUUAACCAUGUGAAAAUAACUGAUGAACAUCCACUUUAAAGUAUUCCGCUCUUCCUAUGACAGAAAACACAACUUUUAGAAUUCUGGUCAAAGUAGGUAUUUUGGUGACAUUGGCUUGUGCACAUAUUGGCACAGUUCACUAUUCACCAGCCACUUUUUACUUGGGCACAUGCAAGCAUCUCAUACCGUCUGGAUGGACCUCUGGACUGAUGAUGAUCUUUACAUCUACUGUCAUUUAACUGGGCUUCUAUUUUUGCCAGUGAAGGGCCAUUUUUUUUUCAGCUUAUGAUUCAAAUCAAUGUGUUAUUUGAUUUUGAGGGCCCACUUGGCCAGUCUGGGCUUAUUCUGAUCUUGUGGGUGCCAGUUCCUCUAUAUUACCUGAUGACUCUGCUACAGUAAUUGCAGAUACUUAGUAACUAGUAAAAUGGCAAAAGUAAAAUUUUACCUUGUGGAAAUUAUUCCCCCGCCCCUGUGGUGCAUGGGAAUAAUUUUGCCUGGAAAUGACAAUUUGCUCAGUUGUGCACAAUCUUACAGGACUGACUGCAGGAAACCAAAUAUGUGCAAAAACAGUCCCUUGAAUCUUUUUGGCCAUUGCUAAUAAACAUUUAACAAAAAUAGCUUUAUAUUUAUAUCAGUUACGUCCACUUUGGUAAUAUGGCAUAUACACUUCUGCAAACAUAAAUAAUCAAUUUUUUCAACCAGGCUGGUAAUGAUUGGUUGUCACACUAUAGAGUGGUUACGAAGGUUAAGUGCCCCUUUAAGAUCUGGGUUUAAUUAGUAUUUUUAAUAAAUAUCAUUAUUAAGUGACCUAUGAUUUGAUUCAACUAUUAGUAAAAAUAUACCUUUGUAGGCAACAGAUGUAGCAUGCUACCUUGUGAUUUGGUUCUCUGCUAUUCUGUAUUUUAGCCAUCGGCCCUACACUUCCAAGUGCGGACAACACUGAAAGCUAUUGCUAUGUCCUGGGUACCUUAACCACUCCUCAUGGGCAAACAGAAGCUCAAACGUCACUGAUAAAAAGGGCUCAGCACACAGUGUGGGAAGAAGCCUUGGUGUUCCCUCUCAAUGAGGACGAGAGGACUGAGAGUUCUUUAACACUCACCUUGCGGAACUGUGACUGCUUCUCCAGAUAUAAAGUAGCUGGGGAAAUCACUCUGAAACUGGCACAUGUAGGCAUCCCUUUUGGCACUGCACGUUGGGUGGAUCUCAAGGUUCCUGAAAAGGUGGGUCCAACACUUUUUUUAUAUUUUCCAGCUGGAUUGAUGGAUAGACAGACAGAUGGAUGGACUGAUGAAUGAAUGGAUGAAUGGGUUAUCAGGGUCUUCCUCUGGCAUUCUCCCCGAUGCUGCAUGCUCUCUAAGUGUGCAGUUUUAUUCACACCCACAUUCAAGUCCGAAUUUACUUCCGAAUUCGUGUCCGAAUGAAAAAUAUAUUGAGCCAAAUUUGGCACGCUCUUAUGAGGUCAUGGAUCGGGCUGACACAAGUUUCUACCACUGAGUCAUUUGAAACUCUAAUAUAACGUUCUCCAAUAGGAAACGAGCGCUACUUACUUAUACUCACCUGUCCCAAUCAUAGUUGUCCUGUUGUAUUUUUUGUUAGCCCAAUACAGUGUUCUUGUAGUCUCUCCUAAUUUGGUAUUUAACUCUUGGCGUGUUUAUCAUUUAUCCUGACCUCUCUCCUGUCCUUGAUGUCAGCUAUUUCUCUCCUUCUAAGGACCGGAACAUGGAUAGUUUGUAAUUUGUUCUGGGUUUGUGUGUUUUCGUUCCUACCCUCAUCCUGACAGAUGGAUGGAUGGAGUGGUGGAUGGAUAGAUGGAUUAUGACUAAAUGGAGGAAGGGAAGGAUGGGUGUAUGGAUGGAGGAAGUAAUGGAAGGAUGGAUGGAAUGGUGGAUGAAUGGAUGGGUGGAUGGAGGAAGCGAGGGAUAAAUAGAGGGAGAAAGGGAGGGAGGAAUGGAUGGAUGGAUGAAGGGAUGGGUGCAGUGGUGGAUGGAUUAAUAGAUGGAUGGAAGGAGGAAGGGAAGAAUGGAUGGAUGGAUGAAGGGAUGGUUGGAUGGAGGAAGGGAUGGAUCUAUGAAUAUUAUGCUUUUAGCAGAUUUAGGGGAAUCUGGUUUCUCUUUGUAGCAGAAUAACAGAUUGUCUUAGUUUAAAAUAACUGGCUCAAUACCAUAAAAGUACAAUCGUAAUUAAAUAUCUCCUGUCUUGACUUCUGCUCUGUAGGAUGUGCCAAGGCAUGAAUCCUGAGUCAUAUGUGUGGUUUGAACGCGGAGACAUUGAGCAUUUGGCAUUAUUAACUUACCAUUCAAUUAAAAUGUUUUUCAAACAAACCACUCUCCCUAUGCUACAAUGCGUUGGUCACAGAUAACACCCCAGAUAAACUGAAAUACAUGGCAAAAUGGGAGCAGGACCUGGGAUUUCAUAUCUCCCAAGCAGACUGGCAGUCUGCAAGGGCAAAUACAAAACAGGCAUCGAGUAGCCUCUCGCUAUGGGAGGCCUACUGCAAGAUAACUAUGAGGUGGUAUCUGGUACCACAGACACUAGCAAGUAUGUACUCAGGCGCUACGAACUUGUGCUGGAGAUGCGAGUUGGACACUGGAACCAUGUUACAUGUGUUCUGGAAAUGCCCGUUGCUAGACGGAUUCUGGAAACAAAUCCAAACCCUGAUCUCAAGUACGACUGGCACCUCCAUCCCAUUGCGACCGGACAAGUACUUAUUACAUGUUAUACCAGACCUAGACACACACCCUCACAAAAAAGUGAUUUUGAAUAUACUGACGGUAGCAAAAGUAGCCUUAGCUGGUAACUGGAAAAGCAAACAAGUUCCUCAGAUAGAGGUGAUUAUCAACAAAAUGAAUGUGAUUAGCAUAUACGAGAAAAUGGCCAGCAAGCUAAAAGGAUGCCUAGGAAAGUAUGAUAAAGAUUGGGUAUGUUGGGCGGCUACAUAGUCACUGAAUGACAACUAGGACAAACCGACUGCUCGAACCAAAUGGUUAACCCCCAUAGCGGGCCAGUAAGGAAGCACACAGGCGCAAACGUUAGGGGACCAAAGGGGUCAGGGCGUUGAGGUGCUCAGGCGAAUAUAUAGCCUCAUCAAUCUCACAAGUUACACAAGGAAGGUGACUUAUAAUGUACUGCAGGCUGUGGCGUGAAGCUGUGCUCAGGGACUUCCCCCCCCCCCUCUUUUCCUUCUGUAUCCCAUCCCCUCCCUAGUUAAAUUUAAAAAAUGUACCGCAUGCUUUGAAGCUGUAUGCAUCACAUCGAACAUCGCCUGGCACACGGAUUAUUUGUAUAUUUAAUUGGUUACUUGAUCAAUUGAGUGAGAAGUAUGGCUGGAUACAGGGCGAAAUGUAGAAUGUUAUCCGCAAAUGCUGUUGUAAAGGCGGACUGUAAUUAUGUACCAUGUUAUGUGUUGCAAAUGUCAUUUAAUAAAAAUGAGAAAUGAGAAAAAAAAAUGUUUUUCAAACUAUUAGUUGUUUUAUUGAAUAAGAAACCCUUGAAAUCCUAAUCAAAGAUGGAAAUAAUUAUCUCAUGUUUAUGCAGUCAUGUCUUUUGAGAAUAGCAGCCUGUCCAAAUUUAUAUGAGACAAAGUUCAUAUUAUGAUGGGUUUUGGAAACAGAGACCCUGAAAGCUCCUUCAACUGGAUGAAUCAGAUAGGGACUGCUUGUUUAUCUCACAACAUGAGUCUGUCGAUCAUGCUCUGCAGGUCUCUAUAUGGGACUGUCAUCUCAACUUCUGGCCCUCCAGAUGUUGCUGAAUUACAACUACUGUAAUUUCCUGGGCAUCUAUUUAUUUCUGUGAAUUCUGGGAGUUUUUGGCCAAUCUUCAUCUUGGAAGCUGAAGUUUGAGAUCUCAGUUCUAUUUGAAUAGUCUUCAAGCCACCAAAGGUGCAGGAUUUACUGUCUAUCUAGUUCUAUCCCAAUGACGAGAACAACAAAUAUAAACUGCUGUGAUAGAGGACUGGUUUCUUAGGCCCUGCUUUAUAUAUAUUAUAAUGCUGUCUACAUCCCAAGUGUAUUGGGUCUAAUAUUAAUACUUUUUUGUUAUUAUUAAAUUUCCUUAAUAUUCUGUCCCACCACAAAUCCAAAAACACAAAAAUUUAAUUUGAAAAUGGAAAUGUCUAGUUUGAAGACAAUCACAGGUAAACCAGUUGAGGAUCUUGGACAAACCAUCAUCACUUCCAUUUAUAUCUGAAAUCCAUACGUUUGUGGUUCUGAAUCCAAUGGUUAAAGGACCACUAUAGGCACCCAGACCACUUCAGCUUAAUGAAGUGGUCUGGGUGCCAGGUCCAUAUAAGAUUAACCCUUUCUGCUGUAAACAUAGCAGUUUCAGAGAGGCAUAGCCCGGCGGGGAAAACGGGUAAGAUUUAACCUCUUCAUCACCCUAGAGCCCGCCGGGAGGGGGGCACUGAGGGUGGGGGGGGGGGGAACCUAGAGACCCUAUAGUGCCAGGAAAACAUACUCGUUUUCCUGGCACUAUAGUGCCCUGAGGUUGCCCCCACCCUCAGGGUCCCCCUCCCGUCCGGCUCUGGGGAGAGGAAGGGGUUAAAACUUACCUUUUUUCCAGCGCCGGGAGGGGAGCUCUCCUGCUCCUUUCCUCCUCCUUUCCUCCCCUUCGGCUGAAUGCGCAAAGUGAGAAUCACGCAAGCGCCUCUAGCGGCUGUCAAUGAGACAGCCACUAGAGGAUUUGGAGGCUGGAUUAACCCUGCUAUGUUUAUAAAAAAAGGGGUUAAUCCUAGAGGGACCUGGCACCCAGACUACUUCAUUAAGCUGAAGUGGUCUGGGUGCAUAGAGUGGUCCUUUCAGGCUCACAAAAAGUCUAGGAUUGACAUUUUUACAGUUCCCAAAGACAUCCCAAAGACAGGUCUUUCAUUAUCACUUUCUGUAUCACUUGUAGUCUUUACUGCUUCCACUGGAGGGCUAUUUCAGGUAUCUACUAUCCAUUCUAUAUCAUUGUCAGAUUUUACUGCUUCCACUGAAGGCUAAUCCGUGUAUCUACUACCUAUUCUAUACCAUUGCUAGCUUUUACUGCUGCCCCUGGAAGGCUAUUCCGGGUACUAGCUGUUUAGUCUUUAAUGUUUCAUCCUCAAACCUUGUUUUUUUUUCUUUUAUUACUUUUUUUUGUUUUUUUAAAAUAAAAUUAUCCCCUCUUUCAGGAUUUUGUGUAUACUUUCCUGUAUGUUAAUGUUGCAAUUAUGUGUCUUCUCUUCUUUUAGUGGUAAAUCUUCACGUGGUGCUAUCUUUCUGGGGAUGUAUAAAUGAAUCAUUUAACAACGAAAAAAUAUUGAUUUAAUAAAAAUAAACAUGCAGCUUCGUAAAAAAAAUUUAUUAAAACAUAUUAAGGAUAAAUAUAAACCAGCAAAUUCCCACGCAAAGCUCCAAGCAUAUUGACUCGGCAAUGAUUUAAUUAGAUUAUAUUUAAAGCUUUGAGAUUAACAUCUUUGAUCUUUCUAGUGUCGCUCUUAUAAUGAUAUGUUUUAAAUGCAAUCUUUUUUUAGUAUUUAUAUUACAUGUAUUUUUUUUGUUUUGUUUUGUUUUUGCUUAUUGAAGUAAAACAUAUUAAACCCCUUUAUUGCACUGGGUUAAGCGGAACGCUUUAUAUCAAGAGAUGCAAAAUAACAUAAAGACGUUCUGAGUUCUACACCAGAAAGAGACAAUUCUUUCAUCUGUGACCAUGUAGGCAUCUUCAUACAGAGUCUGCCUGUCCUACUUUAAGAGCUAGAUAUCUGUUUGCGUCAUUAAAGACCCUGGAGAGAUAGCUCGGUGCAGAUAAUUCCUGAAUCACUUGUACAGGAGACGGAAGGGGAGUUCAGCACUAUUUAUAACUGCUCUCAUACACUGUGUUCCUCACAUUUACAGCUCAUCCUUAAUUUAAUAUCCUGAUGCAGUAGAUUUGAAGAACAAGACUGUAUCAUUCCAGAUACAGUAAUAAAUCAGAUUAUCUUGCCCUUACAUUGAUAAAUUCUUUUGAAAUAGUUUUUAUUGAUACAUUUUUAUAAAACAUAACAAUAUCAUUUUAAAACAAGCAAGUAAUGAACAUAGUACAUUAAGGACAAUUAAAAAAACGGAGGGGGGAAGAGAUCCAUCAGAUUUGUCGAUAAUAAAAAUAGGUCUGUAGUGUGUACAGUAUAGAGCAGAGAUGCAUGGAUUGUUACAGCAGGUACCUUAUAAUACCAUCUCUACAGGGUGUGUGGUACUCAUAUACGAUGCCUUUUUUUCACCUCAGUUUCCCAGAUAUCCCAUUGAAGUUUUAAUGCUUCGGAAUAUGGAUAGGAUUGUCUUAGUGCCUUUUCAGACCUUUUAUUGUCUAGCAUUAUAUUUAUGACUUCUUUAAUACAUGGAAUAGUCGUAGACUCUCAAUAGAUUGGUAUAAAUGUUGAUGCGGCAAUCAGGACAUGAGAUAAGAUCUCCUUUAACCAAAUGCACAAGCAUGUUCUAUCCCUCUUUUGUAAUUAUAGUUUUAUACAAGGCUCCAUUUUUUAAUAUGCAUUUCAAUUAAUAAACACAUGCUUGGACAUCAGAAUGUAUUUCUGAAAAGGCACAGACUGGGCAUUUCAUGCAAAUGAACAAACUGCUCCCAUAGUUCUCUGGAGCAAAUACAUUGUAUCAAUGUGAUUUAUUUUAUUUUUUUUGCACAAUUUGGCAAGUUUAUUAGCAUUGGUUAUCUUUUAAGGAUCCAAUUGCAAUCCAACGUAUCAAUCAAACAUGACAGGAAAAUAGAAAAACUCAUACGUUUUCUUGUUAAACACCACUCGUUGUGAAUAUUGCAAACAAAAUAUCACACCUCCCACAUUUUAAGAGUAACCAUCAAGAAUGCACAAGGUGUGCUAACUAUGCUGAGAAGAGGGUCACACAAAAGGUGUUAGUUCUAAGGGUUCAUUUUAAUAUGAUGGAAGUGCAGAGGUGAUUGUAAGACAUUCCUGUUUUGGGACAUUGUGAAUGUUGGUUCCUUCUUUUAGAAUUUAUUUUAUUGAGUUUCCUGCUCUGGAUUCUGCAGCACCACGGCUCAUUUGGUCCUGGCCCAGUACGCUAAGUGUCAUUUCAUUAGUUCCUUCUACAUCUUAGAGGAUGAGAUGGCAGAAACUGGUUAACAUAAAAGGACUGCCCUACCAAAUCCAGGACAGUUUGGAGGAAUGCAUUUGUUUCUUGUGAAGGGUUAUGCCAGAAUUUCACAAACACACAAUAAUAACCAUAUUUUGAAUGCUUUAGACCAGGGGUUCCCAAUUCAGUCCUCAAGUACAACCUACCAGUCCAGGAUUUAGGGAUUACCUAGUUGUGUCUAAAGUUUUUUUUUCUGUUUUCUAAAAACACCUUAGUUGGUUAAACCCUAAAUCCUGGACUGUUAGGGGGUACUUGAGGACUGGGUUGGGUACCACUGCUUUAGACCAUUAAUUUGAUCAGUCCUGUAAUACAAUAAUUUAAUUUUGUUUUCUGUGAAAUAAAUGUGACUGUGUGCGUUUAUGAAUAUCUGUCUUCACCCACAGAGCCCGAAUUACUCUGGGGAAAUCCUGCUGUCUGCGAGCUAUCUCCCUGCGGCUAAUCGUCUGAUUGUUGUUCUUAUCAAAGCAAGGAAUAUCCAUUCUGAUAAAUAUAAUGAUCUUCUUGGUAAAGGUAAUACGUGCGCAAUCAUUCUUCAACCUCAGAUUGGGCCAUAUGGAUUGACACACGCUAAGCUCUGCAUGUUCCACAUGUAUUGUAGCACCAACUGUGGGAGGUGAUAAAAUAUUCUGUGAAUAUAAAUAACAUUUGGAUGUAAUCUGUCACACAAGUGUGUGCAGGACUUAACUAUCCAGUGGGAAUCAUCUACUAAAUAGUGUGCACUUAUGCAAUGUGCGUACAAUGAAAACAAAUAUUUGUAAGAGCCUCUGUGUCUUGGAAUAAAAUUGAAGUACAAAAAUUACAACAACCAUAUGUUGUAUCCUAUGUGGCUAUUAUAUGUAAACUGAUAAUUGAUUUCAUUUCUGUUUAUACAUGUGCUUUAAAUGUACAUUACUUCACCUGUACUGUCUACCAAAAAUGUUGCACUGCUUCCAUCGUUUUCCUCUUUACAUCCACUUCUUGCACAAUCCGUGUGCGCACUGCUAAUCAAUGAGUAAUUAUAAUGCUGAUGUGAUUCUUUUCAUUACUUAUAGAUCUUCUGGUGAAGAUAAACCUGAAGCACCAGUCAAAAAGACUGAAGAAGAAGCAGAGUAAACGGGCUAAACACAAAAUCAACCCUGUUUGGAAUGAGAUGAUAAUGUUUGAGGUGCCUCCAGAACUCCUUAAGGAGGUCAGUGUGGAUCUGGAGAUGGUCUGCCAGGAGCCUUUGGAAAGGUCUAACCGUGUCACUGGAGAAAGCCGUACCCUAGGCAAGUGCUGCUUGGGUUUAGACAGGACUGGAACUGGAAAAAACCAUUGGCAGGAAAUGAUGAACAACCCCAGGAGGCAAAUAGCUAUGUGGCAUUAUUUGCAACCAUGAUGAGUUCUGGUCACAUGACCACAUGGGCAGCUCCCAUGUUUCAGGUGUUUUGCUGCCGCAGUAAUUCAGCCAAUGACAAUGACCAUUGAGUCGGCUUUAUUUUUCUUGGCAUAUCAUCUCACUUCCAUAAACACAGCUGAAAUCAGGAAGAAUAUGUCUGAGAAAACGUUUGAAGUCUUUGGCAGGGCAGCUUCUGUUCCGAUAUCGGAGAACGGGGGACCUUGAAGUAUUGUAGACUAAUAACUAACUAACAAAAUAUAUGUUUACAUUUUAGUUUUUAUCUUGUGACAGAAAAUAUACAAUAUAUGUCCCUGGUUGCUCAAAAUUAUUGUUAUUUCAAUUGUUAGACAGUGACAAUAUAUCCUACCAAAGUUAAACUCAGCACGACUUGUUAAAAAAUUAUGGUGGCUGGUCUACACGUAUUUGCAAAAUAGCAAAUUCCACCGUAUAAUUCCUAUCAGCAGAUACCCAAUUUUCAUCUGAUGCAACAUUUAAUCUAAAACUGAAAAAUUUACUUUGAACUGAGUUAAUGAAUUGUUUUAAUUAACUCAGAUGAAAAUGGAGAUUAUAGACAGAUGCAGAUAUCAGUUCUACAAAAUAUUUUCACCAGUAGACAUUUUGGCGUGGGCAAUGGCAGCUGAUAUGGGCAUACAUGUGCUGAGUCUAGUUACAAUCACUUAUAUAAUGCCAACAAGACAGAAAAUUCUAACAAAACACAAUUGAGAAAUGGAAACGGCUUGUCAAAAAAGCUCAGCAGUCAAUGAUAAGUCCAAAGGUCCUGUAUGCUCAUUCCUUCCCUUAUGUUGGAUAAUUAGAGUUCCAUAUGGUCUUUUUUUCUAACAGAUUGGUGGGAGCUGACAAAACCAAAAUAUGGUAACAUGAAACAGACAGAUUUAUAGCUGAUUCUUUCAAUAUUUGUUAAUUUCUUCCCUCUGCAGUAUCAGUGGGCAACUGACCGCACAGGUGGUCACCAAAAUAUUAAAAUGGAAUGUCUUGCUUUCUUUAAACUCUGUCAAACUCUGUCUGCAGAAUUAAACAAAUGGGAGGUCCACAGGCCCAUUCUCAGAUCCCUAUUUUAUUUUUGCACUAUUUUACCAAAGACUACAUGUCACCAUCGUGCAUGUCCAUCACACUUCAUGGUUUAAUUACAUUCCUAGCCUACCAAGGAGGUAGUAUAGGCAAGGAUUGACAACAUUGAUUUAGCUCAACAAUCUGUUAUCACAUGCCUAGCAACAAUCAGGGGGUUAACUAAUAUCCAUGCAUGUAUGAUCGAUAAACAGUCAAAUGGGGUUUAUUUAAAUUCAUCUUCUAGAACUUUGGUAAACUAGGCACAGAAAACAUUAAUUCUGUUUAAAUAUAUUCAUGUCUGUUUUGAGCCAUUAGAGACAACUCAUGCUUGAAUCAGAUUCAAUCAUUCCAUGGGUUAAACAGGGCCAACGUAAGAGCACAACAAUUUGUAGUCCAUGUGAUGAUAUAUGGAAUGGGCCAAGGUUUCAUCAGAAAUCGUGCUCUAUCACUGUAAUAAUGCUGUGUUUUUAUGAGCACACAGCCACUAAAGAGUUGCUGCUAUGUCACUUUGACAGUUUUAACUUGAAUCCUUAAAAAUGCAUAUAACUAUCUAAAGCACAGUUUAGUGUUUUUCUUUAUUUUUUUUUACAAAAAUACACCUAGACAAACACAGAUUGCAGUAUGGCUAGCACAUCAUUACUUGGGGGAAACGCAAAGGACUCCAAAGCACAAAAAUGUUGGCAUAAACUAGCUUGAUGAUGAUGGCAUGGUCGCACAUUUUGCAGAUACUGCUUUCUUUGUUAAUGUAUGUGCUUCCCACGUUUUCCCAGUAGAGAUUUUACAUUGCUGCCAUUAAAUCCUGCAUUAACAAGACUGGGCAGUUUACUGGGAUUCAAAAUUCAAAUUGGUCUAGACCAGGGGUUCCCAACCCAGUCCUCAAGUACCCGCUACCAGUCCACGAUUUAGGGAUUACCCUAUUGUGUUCAAAGUGUUUUAUUUUAUUUUCUAAAAACACUUUAGACAAAGCUUAGUAAUCCCUAAAUCCUGGGUUGUUAGGGGGUAUUUGAGGACUGGUUUGCAAACCACUGGUCUAGACUGAUAACAAACAAGGUUAUUCACCAGAGUGUAAAUUGAUGAAGCACUGAAUGUGAAUUUAAACUUUAGACAACAAUAACUGGACUAUAAAAUAUUCUCCAAGACAUAUAAUUUCAAUGUGUCUGUUUUGGGUUUUUAGUUUGAAUAUCACUUUGAAUUUCCAACAAAUGACACUUUAUUGAAAAGUCUUGAGACAACAGAAAGUUUUAUUGAUGCGGAGUAAUGUGUUUGUUGUAGAUAAUGUGUUGUGUGUGUAUAUUUUGUCAGUAUUUGAACAUGAUGUACCUAUGAAUGGUGAACAAUCAAGAAUUUCACCUUCAAUCUAUACUGCCUUGCCCAAACAUAUUUUUGUGGUAAUGAAAUAAAGAAACAAACUGCUUUAACUCUGUUUUGGAACUGAGCUGGAUAUUUUGUAAUCAUAUUUAUUAAAGUGGUUUAAAAAGUGAUUUUUCUUUAUGAUAAAUUCUACCACUUUUCACAGACAUUUUAGAAG